AUGGGUUGCACACUCUACCAGAUGUUCUACCACCUAUUAGUUGUCAUCACUUUGGUGCUCGCUGUGAUGACCACAAUGACUUUUGUUUUAAUCAACGUGCCACAAGAAUAUGAUAGAGCAAAAGCUCGAAAUAUGCUGAACGGCUUUAAUGUCGGCGACACACGGUGUGGCACCCCUCCAUUCAACGCAUACCAUUCGUUUUCAUAUUCAUAUAAUUCGGCGGGGUAUAAGUACAGUUGCCCGAUGGGCGUAUCAAAUAUUAUUAAGAUGGCAAUUAGCUGCGUUCUAAUCAUCUCAAUUAUUGUGGGGAUCAUAUACAUCGUACUUAUAAAGAAAUAUUCCAACUUGUGCAUUAUAGUUGUGUUGGUGUGUAUUCUGAACACGAUUUAUUCAUUGUACUGCGAAUUUUUCUUUGUCCACGAACAGAUUCAAGGCCACAAUUUCUGUCUUUCAAUGAAUUCAAUAAAAUGGGAGAAUGCUGUCAAUAGGAUCGAGUGUCACACAUUCAGAUAUACUUUAUUCACAAUAUUACACACGUCCACAAUUGUGUCGAUGAUGAUCACUGGAAUUUCUUCAAGCUUUUAUAUUAAGGACUAUCGAGACGAGAUGUAUGCGUCGAAAAAACUCAAGGAACGACAAGAAAAGAACAACCACAAAUUCGAUAAAGAAGAAAAGGAAGAGACUUACCAAUCUGACAGUCUUGUGAAUUUCGAAGGGUUGGUCCAGAACUCAAGAGUCAAGAAAGGAGAUAUCGACUUCACUCAACUCAAUUUAAAUUAA